AACCCCUAGAGGGGGAAAGUUUAUUUUUGGCUGUAGCAGGGGUCGGGCUAAGGAGAGAGGGGGCAAGUGCUCCUUGGAUAUCCAGGAGAACUUUCCCUUAUCCUCAGCCAGUCCCACCCUCAGCAGCUCUCUCCCUCCUCUCUGUGUCCUCUGGGUGUUGUUUAGCCACUACAAUGACUGUUGGGAACAUGGAGAGUGUUGAGCUGUUUGAUGCUGGGAAGAAAGGUCGGGGCCUCCGGGCCACCAAAGAGCUCAUCGCCGGGGAAGUGGUCUUCGCCGAGCCGAGUUACUCCGCCGUGGUCUUCGACAGUUUGGCCACUCAGGUGUGCCACAGCUGUUUCCGGCAGCAGGCCAACCUGCACCGCUGUGCCCAGUGUAAGUUUGCCCAUUACUGCAACCGCACCUGCCAGACUGCAUGCUGGGACGAACACAAGAAGGAAUGUGGAGCCAUCAGGAAAAUUGGCAAGGUGCCCAGCGAGAGCGUUCGUCUGGCUGCUCGUGUGCUAUGGCGUAUACACAAGGACACAGGCAUCGUAUCAGACAGUCAGCUGAUCUCAGUGGACCAGCUGGAGGACCACGUGGCUGAUCUGACUGAAAAAGACCACGAGAAGCUCAAGACUGACGUGAAAUCCUUCCUGGAAUACUGGUCUCAUGGAAGGAAGCAGCACUCUGAGGACUUCAUCUCACACAUCUUUGGCAUUAUCAAGUGUAAUGGUUUCACACUGAGUGACCAGAGAGGCCUUCAGGCUGUAGGUGUGGGUCUUUUCCCCAACCUUUGUCUGGUCAACCACGACUGUUGGCCCAACUGUACGGUCAUCCUCAACCAUGGAAUCCAGUCAGCUGUGAGUUCUGCUCUUCACUCGCAGAGGAGGAUCGAGCUGCGAGCUGUGGGGAAAAUUGCACAGGGCGAGGAACUGACUGUCAGUUAUGUGGACUUCCUCAACCUGUCUGCUGACCGCCAGAAGAAGCUGAGGGAGCAUUUCCACUUCGAGUGCACCUGCAAACACUGCAGCGAGAAGAUCAAGGACGACCUGAUGAUGGCUGCAGCAGAGACUGAUGGGAAUAAACCCUCUGCUGAUAAGCUGAAAGAGGGGACGGCCUACAGUCAAGAGUGUCUGGAGAAGAUCGAGAAGUUUCGCGUUGAUAAGGAAUACCACGAGAUGGUGAAGUUGUGCCGUGAGUGUCUGGAGAAGCAGGACAAAGUCUUGGCUGACACUCACCUGUAUAAGCUGCGUGUGCUCAGCGCCGCCAGCGAGGUGCUCUCAUACCUGCAGUCUUUCUCUGAGGCUGCAAACUACGCCCGCAGGAUGGUGGAGGGAUACACAAAGCUGUACCACCCCAACAACGCCCAGCUGGGCAUGGCCAUCAUGCGGGCAGGUGUCACCCACUGGCAUGCGGGGCAGACAGAGGCGGGGCACGGCUUGAUCUGCAAUGCAUACCGCAUCCUCAUGGUCACCCACGGACCCAACCACGCCAUCACCAGAGACCUCGAGGCUAUGCGUCUGCAGACAGAGAUGGAGCUGAAGAUGUUGAAGCAGAAUGAACAGCUCAAAGAGUGA